GCUUGUAAAAACGAUAUAGUACUAACAUAAUAUACAUACAUAAGUUCAUUGGAGUCUACUCAGGAGCUCAGUGAGCUCGUGAACUCUGUGUCGUUCACUGUUCUACGCUCGUCCGUAUUCAAUAUUAUUCACUUGAAAGGCCAACGUGUGAGAUCGUACAAAUUUUUUUCACGUGUUUUUCUUUUUUUUUUUUCUUUUUCUUUUUUAAGAUCGAAUAUAAUUUCGUAUCGGAGAAAAUACUUUUUCUUAUCUCUUUAAGGAAACUCGUUGUUGCAAAAGAAAAGAAAAAUCAUGGAAGAGUGUAGCGAGAUACAAUCGUUUUAUAAAGGCAAGACUAUAUUUAUUACUGGAGGAUCCGGUUUCAUGGGAAAGGUUCUUAUUGAGAAAUUAUUGUAUGCCUGUGACAAUCUUGAUAAAAUUUAUAUGUUAAUAAGGCCCAAAAGAGGUCACAGUCCAGAUUCGCGUAUAGAAAAUAUGUUCAAAUUACCGUUGUUCUUAAGAGUGCGAAAAGAAAAGCCGGAAAUUAUAAAAAAAGUGAUACCUUUAGUUGGAGACAUUUUAUUGAACAAUCUCGGUCUCACCGAUGAACAACGGGAGUGUUUAAUUAAUGAAACUCAAAUCGUCUUUAAUUUAGCAGCCGCGGUUAGAUUAGAAGCUAAAUUAAAGGACGCCAUCGAAUCUAACAUGGUCGGCACGAAGAGAGUAUUGGAACUUGGCAAGGCUAUGAAAAAGCUGGAGGCAUUCGUGCAUCUGAGUACGGCCUUCUGUCAUGUUGAUCAAAAGGAGCUCGGUGAACGAGUUUACGAUUCGCCGAGUGAUUCUCAGGACGUCAUAAGAUUUGUUCAAUGGAUGGAGGAAGACCUUGUCAAUCUCGUCACGUCUAAAUUAAUAGCCCCGCAUCCGAAUACUUACACGUACACGAAAUGUUUAUCGGAGAAACUGGUCGCUGAUGAGUAUCCCCAUAUGCCAGUUGUCAUAACAAGACCUUCCAUUGUUUUACCGGCUGUCAGUGAACCUUUACCAGGUUGGGUGGAUAAUUUGAACGGGCCAAUAGGUAUCAUUAUUGGUGCUGGGAAAGGUGUAAUUAGGUCGAUGCAUUGUAACCCUAAUUAUCAUGCCGAAGUUAUACCCGUUGACUGGGCAAUUAAUGCAUUGAUCGUGAUAGCAUAUAAGAUAAGCAUAGAUCGUAACAAAUUGAAAAACUGUCCGGUUUACAAUAUUACCCAGACAAGUAUGGACCGAAUGACAUGGGGUCAAAUUUUAAAGAAGGGAAAAGAGAUUAUUUAUGAUUAUCCUUUCGAAGGACAGAUAUGGUAUCCGGACGGCAAUAUACGGAACAACAAAUUCAUUCAUAAUUUGUUUGUCUUUUUCUUUCACAUUAUACCGGCUUAUCUAAUCGACUUCCUGAUGUUAAUAUUUUGUCAAAAAAGAUUCAUGGUACAUAUUCAAAAAAAAAUUUCAAACGGCCUCGAUUUCCUUCAAUAUUUCACCACGCGAAAAUGGAUCUUUCACAAUAUGAAUCUAUUGAUCUUAUGGGGUGACAUGAGUCCAAAGGAUAGGGAACUAUUUCAAUUUGAUACAACGAAUGUCGACAUGUUAGAGUACAUGAAGUUUAUUAUAUUGGGUGCGAGGCAAUAUUGCAUGAAAGAGGAUCUAUCUUCUUUACCGAGAGCACGCAUUCAUCAAAGAAUAAUGUACAUCAUUCACAUCACAACGGUAUAUCUGUUCUACUUCGGGAUAUUUUAUUUUAUAUAUGAACACUGCGAGUUUGUUCAGGUUUUCAUCGAUUACCUCAUAAAUAAGAUCAAGAUGCUGCCAUUGUUGGGUAAUGUUAUUUAGGAGCAUUGUGUUAAGAAGAAAAUACAAAAAAAAAAAAAAAAAUAAAAACAACACAAAAGGAAAGAUCCGUUGGAAAUCAUUUAUAGUCUCUUUGUAUUGUAUUAAUAUAAUAUAUUGUAUAUUUGAUUUAUUUGAAGUAGUAUGUUAUCGAUAAAAAACUGACUAAUUCUGUAUAUUUAUGAAUCUUUUUUUCUUUUUUUUUUUUAAUUUUUCUCUAUCUUUCGAUAUUUUUUCCCAUCUUUAUAUAUAUAUAUAUCAAAGUAGAAAAUCAAAAAAAAAAAAAAAAAAAAAAAUUGAAACAAAAAUAAAAUACAAAUAGAGAUGGGGAAAAAUAUCGAAAGAUAGACAAAAAUUAAAAAAAAAAAAAAAGAAAAAGAAAGAAAGAUUUAAAAGUGUACAAAAUUAAUUCGUCUUUUAUCGAUAACAAUAUCGACGAAUAACAUACUGCUUCAAAUAAAUCAAAUAUACAAUAUAUUAAUACAAUACAAAGGGACCCCAAAUGAUUUCCAAUAGAUCUUUUCUUUUAUUUUCUUUUUUUUUGUUUAUAUAUAUAUAUAUAUAUAUAUAUAUAUAUAUAUUUCAUUUGUACGUACAAGUAUUUAAGAUACGAGAAAUUGGAUUUUCGUGCGUUGGUGUGCUGUUUUUUGUUAAGGGAAAAAAAAAAGAAAAAAAAAAAAAAAAAAAAAAAAAAACAGGAAAGAAAGAAUCUUCUAAGGGAAUGAUCGUAGUUCGUAAAUAAAUUGAAGCUUCGUUGAGUACGUGGAUCUUAGAUAUUGGCCAAAUAUAGAUACGCCUACGUACGUCAAAGUAAAGAAAAAAAAUGUAUCAGAAAGAGAGAGAGAGAGA